AUGCGGGCGUGGAGGAGCACUGCUUCCGAGGAGCAACCGCUCGGCGGCAGCCAUACUAACAACACUGACACUGGUGUGUUUGCUCCCCCCAAUGUUUUCCCCAGCAACAGUAGAAAUGCUGUUGCGUCUGGCGUUGAUCUCUUUGGUGGCAUGGAGAUUCUGCGAACACGCCACAAGAAGACGGCACCGAGUACCGCGGGCUCACACACACCAUUUGCCGAAUCUGUCGCUUCCGUGCAGCUGAAAGAACCGGUCUCACCCGUGGCCCCGCCGAAGGGGGAUGAACCGUUUUUCAUGCGUUUUGACAUAAAAACAGACAAGGCCCAGGAUGAGGUGGAGGAUCCAAAAGUCACGCAAAUGCGGCAGCGCCUAGAGCGUUACUACAAAGAGUACAAUCCAUCAAAGAUACCACGCCUGGAGGAUACGCUGGCAAACUACAAGGGCCGGGAAGAUGAGCUCUUCCGCCUGCUGGUGGCAAAGUACGGACCGGAGCCGGAGCCGCUGCAGGCCAGCGCCCUCCCCCAAAACAGUGGGUUCUUUCUGGGCGCCCACUGCGAGGUCGGCGCAGCGUUUGACUUCAUUGCCGGCGGGACGGUGCAGAAGAAUGGCAACGAUCAAGGCUGUGCCGCGAACGUCUCAACGGGGUGCAGCUUCACCUUCAUGGAAAAUAACGAGAGGGGGGUUGCAGUGCCCCCGCAAAAAAGUUCUCCUGCUGGGCUUGAUUUCUGUGAGAAUGCGGCGACAGCUCAGCCUGCGUUUGAGUGCACGACGGGAAACUCGAAUGCAGCUUCUGGUGGUCUUGUUGUUGUGCCCCCAUCCACCGGUGUUACUUCGCAUUGCGAAGAAACCGAGGGGAAGGCGGCUGCACUGGAGGAUGUAGAAGUGGAAAAGGAAGGCGAGGCGGAAGAAGAGGAAGGGACACCGCAGCUCAAAGAUGCCACUGAGGCAUACAACACUAAUGAGCGUGAUGGGGAAAAUUCUCACAGUGGUAGCGCGAACAGCAAAAGUGGCGGCGAUGAGGAGGAGACACUCUGGGGGCGGCAGCGGCAGGAGCUUCUGGAAGCUCAGAGGGGCGUUCUGGUGGCGCGUGCGUGCCUCACCAAGGUAUUGGACAACGUAUGUGCGGCAAUCGAGGAGCGGCGUUUGUCCAUGGCGACGGUGGUGGAUUUUGAGGAUCGCAUUGAGCGGUGUGUCGCGCAGGAGGCCUUCGAGCAGGCGGACGCGUUGAGCAUGGAGCUCGAACAGCUGGGGCAGCGGGUUGCGGUGCUCGAUGCGGAGCCAGAACGGCUGAUUGCAUUGCUCGCUGAGUGUCGCGAUGAGUUGGAGGCGGCGGUGCGGCGCCUUGCGCAGCUGUUGCAGCAGCACCGCCAAGAGCUGAUCGAGUCGAAGGAUAGUGAGGAGCGCCGUGUGAAGAAGUUCAUAAGCGACGUGGCUUUCAGCCUGGAGAAUCGCAGAGACAAGGUGACCGCCGCGCUGGAGCGGGCGAGGCGGACGGAGAGCAACUCGCUGCAGGAGGUGGUGAACCUCCGUGAGCGCAAUACGCGGCUGGAGGAGAAGCUGCUGGAGCAGACGAGUGGGCUGCGUGCGUCACAGGAGCAGCUCUCACGUGAGAAGGCGGAAAUCGACACGGAGAUUGCUGCACUGGAGGCGAGACUCGAAAAACUCCGGCAGACGCGCGCCGAGAAGGCAGUUGCACUACAAGACAUAGAAUUGAACUUGCAGCACAUGACGCUGGAACACAACACGCUCGCAAGUGAGGUGAAUAGCCUCAUUGCGGAGGAGGAAAUCCGUCUGCAGGCAGCUGCCACUGAUCUUGCGCAACACCAAAACGAGAUCGAAACGCUGCACUGUGAAGAGGAUGCCUUUGCCGCGAAGAGAACAGCACUGCUUAGGGAGCUCCAGGACGGUACGGCGAAAAUUGCCGUGUACGAGCAGCGCCACGCUCUGCUUGCGACGGAGACGGUUGCUGCUGUGCGUGAUUACGCCGCCGCGUUGACGACCAUCCUACAGGCGCGUGGUGCGGGCUGUGGUGUUCUGUUCCCCGCGCCGCCGACCAUCAACGCGACAGUUUCGCCGACGGAGUCACCGCUGCUCCAGGUGCACCGACUGCAGCAGCAGCUGCGCUCCCUUGACGUGGCGGAUGAGCAGAGUGAGGCGCUCAUCGCUUCUCUCACGAUACAGGUGACGGGGAUGCGCAACAAAAUUCCACUCCUCGAGGCAGAGAAGAAGGGCGCGGUGCAGGCAAAGCGGUUUAAGGAGGCGCAGCUGAAGGCAGAAGAAAUACGGGCGCUUACGGCUUCGAUUGAGGAACUCUCCGCUGCGAGUGCCGCUGCGCAGGCGAUACUCAGCGGUAACGUUGAGAAGCGCACAUUGCUUCAGCAGCAGCUUGCCAAGGAGCGCAUCAAGUCAGUGAAUCGUGUUCAACAAUUCCUCGAUAGCUACCGUGAUACACUUGCGAAUGCGGUGCAGGCGACUGCUGCUCCACUGAACGUCUUGCAGCUCUCUGCGGAUGAGCAGGGCCCCGACGAUCUUGCUGCUGCCGUGCGGCGUCUAAUGACGACACUGGAGGAGGAGUGCAGAGGUGUUUUACAGCCUGACAAGAGCGGCGCAGAGACGACAGCGAUAACAAUAGCAAGAGCAGCAGCUCCAGAGGAAGAAGUACCUCUUGAUCUAGGAGAGACUACUACACGGGCACAACUCGAGGCGGAGCUUUCCGUAUUGCACAUGGAGCAAGACGCUGCGGCUGCCCGUGAGGAUUUCGAGGAGUGCGAACGACUCCAAGAUCGCAUCGAGACCCUCGAGGCGAGGCUCUGCGCAAGCGAGUAG